CUCCCCACCUCUUCCAUCCCGCCCUCCUCGUCAUCUUCCCUGUCCUGUACCGUAGCCGUUCUGGCUCCAGCAUAGCAGUUUCUCAAGAAGCGCGCUCCAGUACCGAAAUCCCUCGGACUACUUUCGAGUGCAGGCAGCGAUGGCGGUGGCACACCGCCAGGCCGCGGCCGCCCUCCUCGUUUCCAUAUGCCUCGCGGCCUCGCCGACCGGCGCCUCCUGCCUGGGCAGGCGGGAACAGGAGCCCGAGCAGCGAGCGGCCGCGGGGCUGGUCACCGUCCCGCUGAGCAAGCACUACGUGCCCGUCACGCGGGACAACCGCACGGUGAUGUACAAGACUGCUUACUUCGGGACCAUCCGCGUCGGCCUGCCCAGGCCACAGGAGUUCACCGUGGUGUUCGAUACUGGUUCGGGUCAUCUGUUUGUGCCCUCGUCCAAGUGCCAGUCCCAGUCCUGUGUGGGCCACGCGCGCUACGAGCGCAGCUUGUCUGGCUCCGCAGUAGAUUUGGAUCACGAUGGUGCAGAGGUGGACACCAGUGCUGAGGAGCGCGACCAAGUGGCGAUCGCCUACGGCACUGGCGAAAUUGUCGGCGAGUUCGCGCGGGAAGUGGUCUGCAUUGGCAGCCGCAGUAGUGAGAACGUCUCUCCAGUCUCGGCUGGUGCGCAUUGCACCUCUGCUCGUGUUAUCUUGGCAACAGAGAUGACACCAGAGCCAUUCCAGGCUUUUCACUUCGACGGCGUCCUCGGUCUCGGGCUCGCUGGCCUCGCACUGGAGCCCGAGUUCAGUUUCUUCGGCCAGAUGACUGCGAACGGGAUGCAACCUCGUUUCGGGGUUUUCCUGUCGAAGAGCGAUUCGGUCCCCAGCGAGAUCUCCUUCGGCGGGCACGACGCCUCCCGGAUGAGCUCCAAGUUGAGAUGGGCUCCCGUAAGCCAACCAGAGCUGGGGUAUUGGCAGUUGAAGGUGGGCCGCAUUUGGGUCGGCGACCAGCCCAUCGGCCUGUGCGAGGACGGUGGCUGCGUCGCGAUUGCGGACACCGGCACGUCCUUGCUGGGCGCUCCUCGGCAGAUAACUGAGCACUUGCACUGGCUGUUGGCCCGCAAGGUCGAGGACAUCGACAGUAGACCGGGCGGGCAGGUCGACUGCCGGACGUUCCCUGGGCCGGACAUCGUUUUCGAGCUCGGCGAGGUGAACGUCACAGUUGGCGCCGAGGAGUACUCGCGCCCUGCUGGCCUCCGUGUCAUCACGAAGGCGACGAACGAGACGCAGUUCAUCUGCCGAGCCUCGCUGCUGCCCGUGGACGAGCUGCCCUCCCUCGGCCCGAAGGUGUGGAUCCUGGGCGAGCCCGUCCUGAGCAAGUACUACACCGCCUACGACUGGGCGCAGCAUAGGGUCGGCUUCGCUCUGGCGCGGCAUCCGCCCCAGGACCCGGAGUCAGAGAAGCAGCCGGCUGCGCCGACGCAUGCGGUAAUCGGAGCGCCUCCGCGGGAGCUACCGGAGCCCACCGUGGUGUACAUUUGAGCCAUCCGGCAACGAACCGCCAGCUAGGGCGUGGUCACCGUCGCUAGCGCAUCGCCUCUGAACUCAAGCAUUGCGACCAAAAGCUGCGAUAUUCAUCCUCCCUGUCACGUGGUCCACCCCCAUGAUGUAUGGGAUGUCGCAGCAGAAUCAGAC